AUGUCGCCGUUCUUUGACCGACUUCGCACGGCGGUCUCCCGAAGAGCCAAGCAUGCAUCAUUCUUACUGGUACAUAAGCCUUCGAUUUGGAAGCGAAUCCCGGAUAAUGUCCUCGUGUUUAUUACGGCGUUCACUGAGCUCGAAGAUAUUGUAUCGUUGGCUCUGACUUGUCGCUUAUUGCACCACCGAAUCGGCAAUAAUGAAUGUGCAAUUGCGCAUGCGUUUCUCAACCUUCACACACGAAAUAGAGUACUGGAAGACUACUACGUUGAUAGUGGGGUUGAAUUGUCGCCUGGCGAUGAUUUAACCUUUAUAUCAGAGCUGUUUCCACCUCCGCCGCCCGAGUAUGCCGCUGGCCAGAGUCACGAUGACGCCGGGUACUCGUUGGGUUAUCUUGCAGACUUGAAACGAUGCUGGUCGACCUGCAUAUGGCUCUCUUAUCAUUUGGCCGACCAUGUAGUCCGACACCAUCUGGAAACCGACAGUGUUGCCCGCCCGCUUUGGUCGGCUUCCAAGACCGAGAAAGAAUACGUGUAUAGCAAGGCUGUGGAGACUCUUCAGUCGCGGCUUUUGCAUCCAUUGGCUUACGCGAUCUUUUUUCUUGAGAACACUUCACACGAUAGCUCCGACUCGAACUCAUCGAAACAUGUCAACGAUCACUCCGCAUCCAUCGAAAUACAACAGUCUGUACUCCAGGGUCCGCCAUUUAACAACACAUGGAACAUCAUCUUGACUGAGCACUGUCUGCAACUCCUUUGCUCGACUGUCCGACGACUCAUGAGCCCUGAAUUCGGCCACUCGACCUCUGAAAGCUGGGUCAGCCUUCUCCUUCUCAACUCAACCAUGGAGAGACUUGUCGAAUUUUUCAGCGCCAUCGCCAAGGACGACGGGAAGAAGCUGGCCACGUCGCAUGGGCAUGGGCACGGCCAUAACUCGACUUGGUCCGCCCGACGGGAAUUCUUGUGGCAAAUGCGAGAAGACUUAGGGCAUCAUAUUGCAUCUAUGAGCAAAGGCUCUGCCAAAGACACCGAAAACACUCUCACUCUAGACCAUGUCUGGUUCAAAGCAGCUUAUCAAGAGAUGGCCCGUCGGGGGGCCAUCCCGCAUUCACCGGAGGAGCUGGUUCCUGUCCUUCAUGGAUCUGCCGUGAAGUUGAAUUGUGCAUAUUGUGAUGAUGAUGACGGAUGA